AUGUAUAUUUUAUUAAUACUCUUCUGCUGCCUCGGCCGGCGGGCUGUCGCCGCCGACGACUGGUGGGAGGACUUCGCAGGCAAUCUAGCCACCGAUCUCGCGCCCUUCAUCAGCUUGUUUGGCGACGCGCCGACCAAGCAGUUCAUGAGCGAGAGCCUCACGGUGCUCGACUACAUCAUUUUCGCCACGGUGCCUCUCGGGGUUGUGGCCGCCGUCGUCUCUGCGAUUCGCGUGCGCGGCGGUUCGUCACUGAGAGCCUUCAUUGGCCGAUCGCAGGAGGGAAUGGGUGCUAUUGAAGCUGAGCUGUGUUCUUCCACGAGUCACGAUGUGUGCAAGUUGUAUAAGAGUGGGGGCGGGAUUGCGAGAGUCAUGGGACGGCCAAAACUUCUGGAGAUUGUCCACAACCCAUCGGCGGAAGACGACGAGUUUUUCGACGCUGAAGAGGACUACUACCACAAGAAAGACACUGAGACGAACGUGAGGAAAGGCUCUGCUGGCCUCUACUCUUCCCAGGAUUAUCUUCUUAGCACGAUCAUUUUCGCCGCUAUCGUAACGUACUAUCUCAAGUAUAAAAAAGACGGCUCCGAUGUUCCAGCAUACGGAUUCCCCCUCAUGGCCGCUGGCACGGUCACGUUGUGUGUGGGAAUAUAUCUUUGCGCCUUCGUCGUGGGGGAGAGUACGGAGGAGAGAAAAUUCCGCAGGAAACAAGUGGCUCCCACAUCCAGCGCGAAGGAGUCACUGCCAAAUUUUGUAUGGUUGCAGCCUGGUGGUCAGCGAAUUGGUGAUCAGUCCUUCGACGCGUUUGCAUAUUUCGAUGCUGAUGCGCCACUUGAAGAGUAUACCACCUCAUGGAAGGCACUGAACCAUACGACCGACGCAUUCGACCGUGUUUCUGGCUUCGUUGCACAGUUCGUUGGACUCCGUUCCCUUCAUUCCUCUAUAUCCGUCAUGCAGUUGGGUGCUCUACUGGUGAUGAGUUUCAUUCGCUCAUGGUUGCGCGCUCGGAGGAUGGAUGCCUCAAGCAAUCGUCUAGAGGGGGUCAGUGAUUACGUGCAAGGCCAUGAGCUGGACUGGCUAGCGCUGGACCUUGCGAGACGAGACAUCGAUCGGGAAGAUAAGAACUGCGCCAAAUCCACGAAUACGGAACCCCCCUGUGGCGUCCAGGCCUCUGUGGAUAUCCACCCCAUUUAA